ACAGAAUCAUCAGAUUCUGGAUUCGGUGUCGGGAGCACGGAGCUGCACGGAGCGGCGUCGCGAUUCCGGAAUGUCAGCCGGUUCUUGAAGUACAAUUUCAGCGCGAAAUAACGCGAAAGAAAUCAUCAUGUUCACGGGCAUCACAACCGAGCGUUUCGCAGUACGGAAACGAUUUUUAUGAGGCGAUACAGCGAGCGAGUAGGUCUGUCGGAAAUUCGCACAGAAGAUUGUGCGCGCCUCCCCGGUCGUUUAGGUUAUCUCUGUUUUUUUUGGAAUUUCUUUCCUUUUAAAUGGAAGAAAUCGCGCCCGACUCGCCGAAAUCACAAUUAGGCGACAGCACAUGCGUUAACGAGCCGAACGUCGAUACGAUUUACAACGGCAAUGACACAGAACGUCAUGGGGAGUGCACGCCGCAACAGUCCGAAAGAUGCAUCAACAAUUCCAUUUUUAAUACCAUUUCCAAGAUUGUUAAUCCCACUACAAAGGUGCCAGAUAUACAGGAUUUUAAGAUAGUAAAACCUAUAAGUAGAGGGGCAUUUGGUAAAGUAUUUUUAGGGUACAAGAAAACCAAUUCCGAGCAAGUAUAUGCAAUCAAAGUAAUGAAGAAAAAUGAGAUGAUAAAUAAGAACAUGGCUUCACAAGUGGUAAUUGAACGCAAUGCAUUAGCUCUGACUCGUAGUCCAUAUUGCGUGCAACUCUUUUAUUCGCUGCAGUCUAUUAGCAGCGUAUAUCUAGUCAUGGAGUACAUGGUGGGCGGCGAUCUCAAGAGUUUGCUUGGUGUUUGCGGUUUUAUGGAGGAGUCCAUGGCGGCAUUUUACACGGCAGAAGUCUGCCUGGCGCUCGAGUAUCUUCAUUCGCACGGUAUUGUGCACAGAGAUCUCAAACCGGACAACAUGCUCCUCUCGCGUGAAGGACAUGUCAAGCUUACGGACUUUGGACUCAGUAAAAUAUCAUCCUUGCACAGAGAUCUUGAAAUAUCAGAUCUGGUGAAUCCUAUGACUCCCAGUCUAUGCACCAGGACACCUGGCCAGCUGCUCUCACUGACGUCUCACCUGUCUUUUGGUUCUGGUCAGAAAUCAACCAACGAAUUGAAUCUCAGUGAUAGGAGUACGCCAGCCAUGAACUUACUCUCCGCGCUGCAAAGAAAUUGUAAUUUUAAAUCCUCAGAGCACAUGUCGCCGAACUCUGUUAUAUCUUCUGUCGCAUCUGGAGAUUAUUCUCGAAUAUCUGGCGUCACACCUUUUCAAUCGGCGGAAGAUCUACGUUUCGAGCAAAGUAACGAGGAACAAAGUACAGAAGAGGACGAAGUCACCAUUGAAAAGCGCGAAAAUGAUCUGGUAGAUAGCUCUAGCAGCUACCAUACCUGCGAGGCAUCCUCUAUGCAAACAAAUAAUCAUACUGAUCAAAAUGUAGAGGAAGACGAGGAAGAGAAAGACGAAUCUACGCUCGAGGCCGAACAAUCGGAACAUCGGUCUCUUGUACAUACUAGUCCAGUAAGCACUUGUACAAAUUCAUUUGUGAUUCGAGGAUCAAAAAAAAGAAAACGGCCUGGCGCGGAUGCAACGACGGGUUUAACAUGCGAGAUUGACGCGAUAGAUCUGGACGUCGAAAAGACACCCAAGAGAAGCAAUCGUGAUUCUAUAUUUCCUUAUACAAGUCCAACGAUUAACAAUGCCUCUACAAAAGCAGCGGAUAUUGUCGCUGGUUUAGCAGAAAACGAUGGAAGCAGAACACCGAAUCAAGACAUCGAUCAGAAUGCUGGAUCUACGGGGAGAGUAGCUUUUAGCACGCCAGUAUCCUCCGCUAGGCAAAGAGAUCGCAAUGAGAAACAGCAGAAAUGCCAAGAAGACGAUGAUGCGAGGACUUUAAUCAAGACGAGAUUUCGUCUUCCACCAUCGUCCGUUUCACAUUCCGCCCACGAUCCGCACACGGAUUCGGACAAUACGUCCGAGGGCCAUCGAUCACCUCAAGGUAUUUCACCCAUCAAGACACCCGCGACUUCGGGUAAUUGUUACACACCCUAUAGAACACCCAAAUCCGUGAGAAGGGGCGGUCAGGGUGGCGUUAAUAGAUCAGACGAUCGCAUACUCGGCACGCCCGAUUACCUCGCCCCAGAAUUGUUGCUUAAACAGGGUCACGGACCGGCCGUUGACUGGUGGGCACUAGGCGUCUGUUUAUAUGAGUUCUGCACAGGCUUGCCGCCGUUCAACGACGAAACGCCGCAGGCAGUGUUCACGAACAUUCUUGCGCGCGACGUUACAUGGCCCGAGGAUGAAGAGGCUUUGUCGUUAGCGGCGACCGAUGCCAUUGACAGGCUGCUCACCUUGGAUCAAGCUUCUCGUCCCACGGCGAGGGAAGUACGCACCAUGACUCUUUUCCGCGACUUCCCAUGGGAUGAGCCAUCGAAAGCAAUACCCCCAUUCAUCCCACAGCCGGAUGAUAAGUAUGAUACGUGCUAUUUUCAGACGCGGAAUACUAUGCAGCAAUUGAAUGUAAGUAAUUGCGAUACAUAAUCUUCGGCGUAUCGCAUGCAGACGUGGCAGAAACAGAAGUCUAUAAUGUCGAGAUCGUUACUAUAUAUAACUUUAUUUUUUAUAUACUUGUGUAUAUGUAUAGCAAUAUAAAAUCUAAAGUAUUUUGUUACUAGUAA